GUCGGUCCUAAGUGCGCUUUUACGUGCUAUAAUACCUCGGCUGUCAGAUGGUAUGGACAAGCUAUUGGAAGAAUAUUCUACAGCUGAUGCUGUUGCUGAAGAGAUCAUCAGUGAAAAACACCAGAUUUCUGAUUUGGAUAGGAAACGAAAUAGUGCCCGGGAAGCACUUCAUCACUUGAAGAAGAUCCAGCCAAAAACGGCAGCAAGUUCUGCAUCAUGGAUAUGCUUUGGCAACACCUUUAUUAAAAUGGACACCCCAAGUAGCAUCAAGAUGCUAGAGGAAGACUACAAACAACUUAGUACAGAGAUGGAGAAGUUGAGGGAAGGCCUCAAACCCAAAGUUGCUGCUCUACACAAGUUGGAAGGAAAGGCUGAAGCAAAGGGAUUCAACCUCCAAGGAAUGAGAACUGAGGAGCUUCUCAACUUAUGACAAAAAAUUGUACAAUGCAUAAUAUUUGUGCUACAUGAUUUGCAAUGCUGAUAGUCCAGAAUGUUUUCUCUUCCUCUGGCAAGCAGCAGUGUGCACUUUAGUCAAAAAUUCUGGCAUAGCUGCAUGGAGUAGAAGGGAAUAGACCAUAUUAAGCAAGUACACUAGGUAUUUAGAGCACAAUGCACUUUGGAUCAUCAACAUCUCAACUGCUAAACCAGGGUUUGAAUACAGUAGAACCUCUCAAUGGCUGACGCGGCAGCACUAUAGGACUAGCAUGUGCUCGCAACUGCCCUGAAAAAUGUGCUUAAACAAUGCGACAUCAAUUAUAAGCCAACUAUAUAGCACUGCUAGGCCACUGCUGCUGUAUUUGUAGUUCAGUGCGCUGUAUAUAGCGGUUGUCUAAACAUCUGUGAAGGUUACUUGGCGAGAGUGUACCUCAAUCCUUGCCCACACAAUGCUUUUUGUGACUGGCUUAGGAUUUAAACACCUGAUUGUGGCCAUAGGUUAGGAGAGUAAAGACAUUGAUUUUAAGAUCUGCAUGUGAGUGCCGAAAACAAACUAUACUUUGAGCAGGAUGGUGUGGUUCCAUCAGAAUGUCUUGUAUAUCAGAAGUCUGUUUGUACAGUGCUACGGUUGCUGGGACCAAGGAGAAUAGAUGUGUGUGCUUAGGAGGUUGCUAAGCACACUUUAGCGUAACGGUGAUGUACUUAUACAUGCUUGUGCAUUAGGAUAUCAGAGAGCUUCUGUUAAUAUAUAGAGGUUCUACUG